CUCUCUCUCUCUCUCUCUCUCUCUCUCUCUCUCUCUCUCUCUCUCUCCUCCUUCGCGGCUCCAGAGGAAGCGCCUCAGAAAACAAUGGCGGCGAGAGAGGCUCUGCGCAGGCCCAGCCAGGAAGAAGCCCCGCCCCUCCUCCGCCCCUCGCCCUCCCAUUGGCCGAGUCCGUGACGCCCCGCCCACGAGCGGGCCCCUAUUGGCUCCGGCCUUGAUGGACGGGUGACAAGGACGGGCGAGAAAGAAGGCGGCUUCUGAGGGCAGGAGGAAAUAGUCCCCGCAUGAAAUAUUAUUAUUAAUUUUGAUAAUUUUUUUUCGUGUCAGGAGCAACCGGAGUUGCUUCUGGAGUGAGAGAAUUGGCCGUCUGCAAGGACGUUGCCCGGAUGUCUUGAUGUUUUUACCGUCCUUGUGGGAGGCGUCUCUCCUGUCCCCGCGUGGAGCUGGAGCUGACAGAGGGAGCUCACCCGCGCUCUCCCCGGGUGGGAUUCGAACCUGGCAGCCUUCAGGGAAAUGAAGACCCUAUGAAGUCACCACAGGCAUAAAAAGAAAAUACCAGUAUCUAUUGGAGAUUGAGGAAUUUGGAAAUCAAAGGGCAAUAAUGAAAGAAAUCCUGGCGGGAAGAAGAAAUCCUCUCUAGGUGCCAAUCUUGUGGAACUCAAUUUUGAUUAGAAAGAAAAAGGUAACACUCACGUGUCUGUAUCACAGUCAAUCAUAACUGUCAACAUGGAGGAGAAACCCUAUACAUGUCUUGAGUGUGGAAAGAGCUUCAGUUGGAGGAACCAACUGCUACUGCAUGAAAGGACUCACACUGGGGAGAAACCCUAUAACUGCCUGGAGUGUGGACAGAGCUUCACUCAGAAGGGACACUUACAUACACAUCAAAGAACUCACACUGGGGAGAAACCCUAUAACUGCCUGGAGUGUGGGCAGAGCUUUGCUCAUAGUUCAGGCCUACGUUCACAUCAAAGGACUCACACUGGGGAGAAACCCUAUAAAUGCCAGGAGUGUGGACAGAGCUUCACUCAUAGUUCAGUUUUGCGUUCACAUCAAAGGACUCACACUGGGGAGAAACCCUAUAACUGCCUGGAGUGUGGACAGAGCUUCGCUGAUAGUUCAGCACUACGUAGACAUCAAAGGACUCACACUGGGGAGAAACCCUAUAACUGCCUGGAGUGUGGACACAGCUUCGUUCAGAAGUCAGGCCUACGUUCGCAUCAAAGGACUCACACUGGGGAGAAACCCUAUAACUGCCUGGAGUGUGGGCAGAGCUUUGCUCAUAGUUCAGGCCUAUGUUCACAUCAAAGGACUCACACUGGGGAGAAACCCUAUAAAUGCCAGGAGUGUGGACAGAGCUUCACUCAUAGUUCAGUUUUGCGUUCACAUCAAAGGACUCACACUGGGGAGAAACCCUAUAACUGCCUGGAGUGUGGACAGAGCUUCACUCAGAAGGGACACUUACAUACACAUCAAAGAACUCACACUGGGGAGAAACCCUAUAACUGCCUGGAGUGUGGGCAGAGCUUUGCUCAUAGUUCAGGCCUACGUUCGCAUCAAAGGACUCACACUGGGGAGAAACCCUAUAAAUGCCUGGAGUGUGGACAGAGCUUUGCUCAGAGGGGAAAUCUACGUUCACAUCAAAGAACUCACACUGGGGAGAAACCCUAUAAGUGCCUGGAGUGUGGACAGAGCUAUACUUGUAGUUCAGGAUUACGUUCACAUCAAUGGACUCACACUGGGGAGAAACCCUAUAACUGCCUGGAGUGUGGACACAGCUUCGUUCAGAAGUCAGGCCUACAUUCGCAUCAAAGGACUCACACUGGGGAGAAACCCUAUAAAUGCCUGGAGUGUGGACAGAGCUUUACUCAGAAGGGACACUUACAUUCACAUCAAAGGACUCACACUGGGGAGAAAACUUAUAUGUGCCUGGAGUGUGGACAGAGCUUUGUUCAUAGUUCAAGCCUACGUAAACAUCAAAGGACUCACACUGGGGAGAAACCCUUUAAAUGCCUGGAGUGUGGACAGAGCUUCGCUGAUAGUUCAACUCUACGUAAACAUCAAAGGACUCACACUGGGGAGAAACCCUAUACAUGCCGGGAGUGUGGAAAGAGCUUUACUCGUAGUUCAGGUCUACAUUUACAUCAAAGAACUCACACUGGGGGGGAACCAUAGAAAUGCAUGGAGUAUGGACACAGCUUUUCACAGAAUAACAUUAUGCAUAGACAUCAUAGAAUUCAGCCUGGAGAGAAUGGUGUUAAUUGACACCAGAGUGUCAUUCUAACAAGUAGAAAUGCAACUCUUGGAAAUUUUGGAAAUGCAAGCUCAAAGUUGGGACAUUUCAUCACAUGUGGUGAAUUGUAGAAAGAUUGAACUAAAAAUACAGUGUUCCCUCACUAAUCCCCGGGUUUGGGUUCCAGAACCACCCGCAAUAAGUGAAAAUCCGCAAAGUAGGGAUGCUAUAUAUUUCUACAUUAUUUUAGUAGUUAUACACUAUUUUAAGUCUUUAUCAAGAAAUCAUGUGUUGAUAAAUCGCCUCCUUCUCCUCUUGUUGCCGCUUGGGCUCCUUUUCUCUCCCUUCGGCAUCUCCUUCCUCCCUUCCUUAGGCUGUACAUUGUAAUUUUUUAUUAUUUAUAGUCGUCUUUUAGAGUUUAUUGAAAAACCGCAAAACAGCGAAUCCGAAAAGAGCGAAGUAAUGAGGGAACUCUGUAUGUUCCAUUCUGGAAGUAAUUAUAUUAUCUAAAGGGAGUAGAAUAAUGAGAGAUAAAAAUUAACAGAUUGCCUUUGGGCAGGUAUCCCUGUCGUUUGUUAGUUCAGUUGUGUGUCUAUGAAGGUAACUGUUUCGCAGGUCUGUUUGUUUCUGAUUUAGUUUUGUAUCUCAUGUAGUAGUUAGUUUCAUGUGUAGUUGAAGCAUUAUAUACAAUUUCUGCCUUUUUUGUAAUGUUGCUUUUAAUCUCUCUUUUUUAUUUAUUUUUUGCCACAAAGAGGGGGAUUUAUAAGGGACAAAACUGCUGAAACCGUCAACUUGUUUUGUUCUGAACCCAGUUUUUGUUUCCUGUUCUUUGGAUGCUGAGUGUUCAGGGAAGAGUGAGGUCUGUGAGAUCAGUGAGUAGAAAACAUGACACAAUUUAGAUAAUGGUUUGUGACACAACAACAACCCUUGUAGUAGUCAAUGGGAUAUUCUGUAUGCCUUCUUUAAUGUCAAGUAAGAUAUUUUGCUCAGAUACAAAGAUUUAUAAAGGAAACACCACAAUGGAUAUAAAACAAUGGGAAGCGCGGGAAGCAGAUUAUGUGUGCUCACCACACCUCACACAGAUAGGACCACGUGUGCUAUAAACAUGGAAGAUGUGAUACAUUCACACCAGAUACAGGAAUGGGAUGUCUUGGUGUUACUACUGUUCAGCUAAUGUUAUGGUCUGAUGGAAAUAUAAUAGAACCCGAUAAACAAACAUUCGGUUGAAAUGUAAAUGUAACAUAACUUUUGUUCAAGAUGAUGAAACUGGGAAUUUGGUGUACGUGAUGGAGAAUGGAGACAGUGAAAUAGACUUGAAGUUUAAAAAGUUAUCCAUAAAUAUAAGAUAAGGAAUUAAUUGGGAAAAAUUAAAUAUACUAGUAAAAACGAAUCAGCAGGUGAAGAAACAUUUGGAGAGUUAUGAGGAAAGAAGUAAGAAAGGUUUUGUUAGGAUCCAAGAGGUUGAUGGAGAACGUCAGAGCGUGGCCGCAGAAGGAAGCAGCCCGACAGAACGUCACUGGUGGGAUAAAAUCAACGGAUAUUCACCCAAAGUGGCAGCAGCAUGUUUACAUCUAUUGAUGCACCCAAUAGUAAGGUGAGGGCUACAAGGAGUGACUGAUCGAUUUUCUGUAUUUGAAAACAAAUUGCAAUACUUAGAAACGCAAUUGUGAACUGUGAGGUAUGUUGACUAUUGAGAGGGUUGAUGGGCCAAAGUGCCUGCAUUUCUAUUCUAUUUCUGAUUGCUUUUAAUUAUGCAUUAUUAAGGUGUCUGCUUCAACUUAUUCUAUUAAAGAUGCAACCUGCCUUCUUCCAGAGGAGAGGCAAGUGUCCGUAUGUCGCCACUAUGUUUCCGGAACAUCUUGUGGUCGGCCGAUGUGGUUAAUGUGGUUAAGCUACUUACUGGAACAUAAGUGAACAACAUGUUUUUCUACAAAUGUUGUUUAUGAUAAAGGAAGCACGCUUGCAACACUCUGUACUGUUCCAAAGAAAUGAGGAACAUGAGGAUAUAUUGAGCUUCAUUUCAAAUGUUCUUCAUGGCGGUCACCUUUGAUUUGUCCAUCCGUCUAUACUGCAGUAUAAUAAAGGUACUUGUUUUAAACUC